GAGAGUGAGAGAGAGCAGUCACAUGUAGAGAGGAGCUGGGACGAGAGACAGAACAGAAGAGAGCUGUCAAGCUGUGGGGAGGCAGCGGAGAGACGACUUAGUUUUUUCUUGGAAUACAUUUCCCCCUCCAUCUCUGAAGCCCACACAUUCACACACCUUCAAAAAAUAUAAACUGGCAAACUUGUGUGUGUGAGUGCUGCUGUUAGGAGUGCUGAAUUAUUUGAAGGAUCUGGACUUAUACUCAAGCCUGAAACACUUGGACUGUGAGAGUGUUUGGAGUCAGCAUCUUUGUGACUUGGACUCUAGUUAGAUUCAAGCUGUGUUUUUAAGAGUGCAACACUUUGGACUGAGUGUGUAUUUAUGUGAAUAUCUGUGUAGGUGCAACUUUUGAUUCACCACUGCCCCGGAUGCAACGCUGAGAUUUUGACGGGAACUGCCUGUGCACUCGUUGGUAGCCUGAAUUUGUAAGAUUGGACUCACACUCGGACUGUUUGUUUGUGCUAGUGAGGAGAAAGGAUGUUUUUGCCUGUAGCGGCGGUUCUGCUCGCCCACCUCGGGUCCACCUUAACGGAGGCAUGGAGAGCAUCUCAGCCAAGACUGCAGUUCACACACUCCGAGCUGAUCCAGAACGGCCGCCUGCUGAUGCUGCCCCUAGUGGCCGGAGACCUGCACUCCUUGCUGCCCGACGAAGAUGGGAGGCGUCUGUACGUGGCCAUGAAAGAUAACCUGCUGUCUACCGGUCUGGACGACAUCACACAGAACCCACGCAAGCUGUACUGGCCAGCCAGUCCGGACCGCGUCCAGGAAUGUCUCAUGGCUGGGAAGGAUCCAGAGUUGGAGUGUGCCAACUUCCUGCGAGUUCUGCAGCCUUUUAAUCAGACUCAUCUGUACGUAUGUGGCACCGGGGCCUUCAACCCUCGCUGUGCUCUCAUCGCUACCAACGUCUUCCAGCAGUCAGAGCACCAGACUCUGUCCUACAGCCAGACAGAGUGUGGGAAGGGCAAAUGCCCCUACGAUCCGUUCCAGAAAACAGCCUCUGCUGUUGUUGAUGGAGAACUGUAUGCCGGGAUCACCUCAGACUUCAUGAGCAGGGACUCUGCCUUCUUCCGUAGUCUGGGCAGCCGCCAUGUCAUCCGCACUGAGCAGUACGACUCCACCUGGCUGCAGAAUGCCCAGUUUGUACGGGUAGCGCCACUGUCUGAAACUGAUAACCCAGAAGAUGAUAAGGUCUACGUGUUCUUCACUGAGCGCGCUCAGGAAGCAGAAGGGGCUGCUGGGAAAGUGCUCUACUCCAGGGUUGCGCGUGUGUGCAAGAAUGACAUUGGAGGCCAGAGGAGUUUAGUGAAUAAGUGGAGUACCUUCCAAAAGGCUCGUAUGGUUUGCUCGGUCCCAGGACCAGACGGCCUGCAGACGCACUUUGACCAGCUGCAGGACAUCUUUAUCCUCCAGGGGAAAGACAAGAAGAACCCUCUCAUCUACGGCCUGUUCACCACGUCGAGUGAUAUUCUGAACGGUUCGGCUGUGUGCGUUUACCGGAUGGAGGAUGUCGUUCGGGCUUUUAAGGGAAAUUUCUUACACAAGGAGGGGCCUCAGUAUAAGUGGGCAGAGUUUACAGGCAAGGUGCCCUACCCACGACCAGGAACUUGUCCAAGCAGCACAUAUGGAAGCUACAGUUCGACCAGAGAGUAUCCUGACGAUGUCAUCUUCUUCAGCAGGACACAUCCGCUGUUGCAGGAAAAUGUGCUACCACUGGGAGAGCGCCCACUCCUGGUCAGAGUCGGUGUCCACUACAAGUUCACUAAAUUGCUGGUGGACCGAGUGGAGGCGGUUGACGGCACCUAUGAUGUUCUGUUCAUCGGCACAGACUCUGGUCUGGUGCUGAAAGCCAUCCAUCUGCCCAGAGAACACGGUCAGAGUCAUGAGGUCACUCUGGAGCAGCUCCAGGUCUUUCAGCACAAAUCCCCUGUAACAGCCAUGACCCUCUCAAAGAAAAAGCAGUGGUUGUUUGUGGGCUCCAGGGAGGGUGUGUCCCAGCUCGCCCUGUACCAGUGUGAGUUGUACGGUCAGGCGUGCGCCGAGUGCUGCCUGGCCAGAGAUCCCUACUGCACCUGGGACGGACACGCCUGCAGCCCCUACAUGCCCACUGUGCGCAGGAGGAAUGCUCGUCAUUUAGGGGAGGAAGAGGAUCCGCUCACUCAGUGUGUCAGACAGGGAGCUGUGCUGCAGGUGGAGGCGGAGCAGAGGGUGAUGAUGGUUGCUGAGGGUAACAGCACCUACCUGGAGUGUCUCCCUCGAUCCAGACAUGCUGCUGUUACCUGGUACAAACAGGCUGGAGAGAACAGUCCUGAACUAAACCAGGUGGUAACAGGUGACCAGCUGGUGGUUAUCGAGCGGGGUGUUCUGAUUCGUCGAGCCGAGCUGUCUCACGGCGGUGUCUACCACUGCCAGGUGGAGGAGCAUGGCUACCACUGGACCGCCGUCACUGUUCGUCUCGCCGUCUGGAGCUCCUCAGCCAACCACCUCUUCGCUUCCUGGUCUGGCUCAUCCUAUCAGAGCAGGGGACCCAAGCCCUGGUACGAGGACGUGAUGGCGCUGAUUCACCCGGGAAAUCUCGGCCAGCACUGCAGGGCCCUGGGAUACCGCCCCCCACGCUCCCACCGUCGUCAUGGUGACAUGAUGGUGGAGCCAAACAAGGAGAAAGAGAGAGGAGAAAGGCACAAGCACGGGGGAGGGCGUGGAGGAGGAGGAGGAGGAGGAGGGGGAGAAAGAGCUGCAGGGAGGAAGAGCAGGAGCAAGCCUCAGCAGAGGGCGCCAAGGAGCGCUUGAAUGUUUUGCGGAGCAGGAGGGAGGAUUCCAGUGACGCGCACACAUUUAUGUUACAUAUACAUGAAUACACACACAUACAUAGAUACAUCUACACACACACACAUACAUGGACACAUGUACACACACACUUAACUUAAUACACUUAGACACACACAUACUGUAUGUACAGAGACUACGUCACGAGCAUGCACUUACCUACAAAUAAAAAUGGCAUCUUUUCAUUACUUUCAUAGCUUUCAAACUAAGCUACACAAAGAACUGAAGUAUGUACAGGAGGAUGUGAACAGCAAAGACUGUUUGACCUGGACAAAGACUUUGUCAGUACAAAAGAGAAGUAGAUUACAUGUAGAGGUUGCGAAGCAUGCUGAAUGAAGGAUGAGCAGCAUGUCCAGAUCAGUUUGACUGACUCGGCCUCGUGACAAGGACGUGUAAAAGGAAUGCUUUGAAUUGACAUUCUCUACAAAAAAAUACAUUAAAUAAGAGUCUUGUUCCAGAAGUUUUGCAUUUGAAAAAAAUAUAAUCCAACCCAUAUGAAAUGAUUGCUGUCUUAAAGCACCACCAGUUUUUUGAAUGUUUUUGCCCAUUAAUUACAAAUCACACAAUGUCAAUUAUACUCCAAAACAGAACAGAUGUUUUUCGAUUGAUUUCCUACCUUCCAGGCAGACACUGGUUUCCAUUGAUUUUCAUCUGCAGAAACUUAAAAAAUGCAUCAUGUUGCCCUUUUUUGGUUAAAGGUCAUUUAAUUGCAGUUGCAAGAAGCAUUUUUCAAACUUUCUGUUGUGUUGAGCUCAAAUUUCAAGUAUACUCCAUCCGUCAAUGGAGAACUGAGGCCACAUCCAUACUACUUUGUUUGAAAAUGUAUCAGCUCUGCGAUGGAUACGCCUGGUGUCCACACUUCUCCAGAGUUGGAGAGUCUUGCUCCAUUUUAUUUGGAAAAAUUAAGCGCUACCUUGUUACCUGUAUGGGCAGAAACUGAGAUGUCUGAAAACAUGACAUAGAUGCUUGCAACCGCUUGCUGACUGGGUCUUUUUGGUUUAACAUAUUUGCUGAUAUGUCCGGCUUCUAUCACAUGACCCCCUUCUGUAAGAAAACAACUGGCAUUAACCUUGGCUAACAGUGUAGAAUGCAACAUCGAUAAUCCAUUACAAGUGUUGUUGACCCUGUUGUGUUUACUAACAGCUAAUGUGAAGUUAAAUUCUGUAUUUUGCAACGAUACAACUGCUGACAUGUGUAGGAGACGAGCAAUCUAUGUUCUCUGGCAUAUGUUAACAGAUGCAAGCCCAGUGUACAUAGAUUGUGGUCAUGUGAUAUACGUUUUCAGUGUUAGUAUGGAUAAGCGUUACAACUGAUUCAGAGUCAAAACACUUUGCGGACAGAGAUCCUUUUACUGUUUAUUAAACACAAAAGUAGUUGUAUGGAUGUAGCCUGAAGACUGGCUGCUCACAAGCAGCAUUGUCGAGAUACAUUAUUGAAAAGUUAACAAUAAGAAGACAAAGAAGCAAAAGGAUACAGCUGUUGUUUGGUAUCGUCUGUCAAUAUGUUCAUAAUGCUAAAAAGCUAAAAUAGAAACGGAAGAUAUCUUGUAUCCUCUUAUUGGAAACCUCAUUGAUCUAAAUCUCAGUAUGUUGUGGAAAACUAUAAGGAGUGAUUGAUAAUUAAAGGGUAAAAUCUUCAAACUUAAAUUAUUAGCUAUCAAUGUAAUGUAAUAUAAACAGAGCAGCAACUUUGAAAAAGUUAAGAUUUAGAUUGCAGCACUGAUUUUGGAUAUGUAACAGUUUAACAUAAAGUCCCUUCAGAAAUUCACCUAAAACGAAAGCCUUUUUGGUUUGUUGAGAUAGGCGGAGUCUGACCACAAGAUUACGACCCAUAAAGAUGAAAGGCAGCGACCGCUUUGAUGAGGUUGCAGAUCUACUUUCCCAGGUCGUUAGUGUUGUGUGUUGCUGCCGUGCAAACGCACCACAGAAGAAGUUUCCAUUAUGUUGUCCUCUGUGUUUGGUUCAGUCCAUAGCUGCACUUAUUUUGUGCCACGCAGCAAAAAGCUGUUCAGCACAGGUGUGGUGAGCCAAAUAAAGGUGGAUGUGGUGUGUUUUAUAAUGUCAGAAAAAUACUCAGUCCUAUUUUGAGUAUUGGUUUGUUUCAUCAGUGUACAGAUGUAAGAAACAUGUUAAGGUUUAUUUUCUGUGCAACAAAGGUAACGUCUGCAAAUCUUGUCCAGUCUACAGAGAAAUCUACACAACUUUGUUUUUGCUGCUUGAGUUUCUUAAACAAAAUUAUGUUGCUGCUAAUGUAUGAAUCACAAUCAGGCCUUUAUAGUCACUCAAUUAAAGUCAUAAUCAGACCGAGCUCUUUGAGACAUUUUUGACAUACCACAAACUGUUUUGAUUGGUAAUAUUCAAAAUAAUGCUUUGAGAUAAGAUAAGAUAUAAGACUGUAUUAAUCUGGAAGGAAAUUAUUGUGCCUGGUUGAUCCAAGAUUACAGUACAGAACAAUAUAAAGCAGAACACAGCAAAAAGAAAGAAGAAAGAAAUUCAAACUAGUACAAAUGUGAAUAUUUUGUGGCUCUGUUUCUAUUGGACAAAAUAUUUUGAUGUUAUUGAGAUGGUGUCGGUUAACUCCACUGAAUCGUCAAAAAAGAUUUUCAGUCAUGUUGGAUACAACAUGGACAAGAGAACCCUGUUUGAAAAUGGACCUAACUUGGAACUGAACUGCGACAAGACUUUGUACAGAUCAUGCAUGUUUCUCAACCUACGGCUCAACGUCCAAAAUGGGCCGAGUGUGACUUUGAAGAAGUGGAGUGAUCCGUUGCUCCUCCUGCAGCUCCAGCUGGUAAAGACAUGUUGCUGUAAAUGAUGAAGUGGGCCACUGAGUAAUAAAGAAGCCAUCAUCAUUAUACAAAGUUGGACCAUGAGAAAGUGCUUAACAUCAAGAGGAUCUGAGCGACUUCACUGACUUUGCAAAGCAGUAAAUUGUGAUUUGUGCUUAAUGUUUAAAUGUUAAACAUCACAACUUGUUCUAAGUCUAUUUAACUUUCCGCCUAUUUAUUUGUUUAUUAAUCGGGAGUGAAAAUCCUUGUUUCGCACAUUUUGAGUCAGGUUUUUGGGGAAACGGUUCAAGCUCUCAUUCAGGUUUCAAGACUUAUUUAACGAGUGUGCUUGUUGGUCCUUUCGUUUUCUUUUUACUAGAUUUCCAGAGAAUCCUGCCCAUCUCACAGACCUUAAAAAGUAAAGACUAAUUUGAAUGGAGGCUGUGGAAACUAAAAGUGUAUUUACAUCUCAGAGUAUUCGAUAUAUACGAUAAGAUGAUAUGGUGAUAGUUCUGUUGUUCACAUAUCCCACUGUUUUAGAGAUGAACAUAUCGUAUGCUUCUGAUGUUUAUUGGUUAACAUGAGAGGAUGGAGUAGGAGUAAGAGAAAGCCAGACAGCCUGAGUGAAUUAAAACUUAAAACUUUA